CAAGAAAUAUAUAUACAAGGAGCCCUUCCCCCGGGGAACUGCAUUCCUCACUCGUCCCAACUCUACCGUCGAUCCCUAACAAAGGGAUAAUCCCCUCCCCUCUCCCCUCUUUCUAGCAGCUUAGACCCUCUCAAAAGAGCUACGUUGUUCUCCCUCCCAGUCCUCGCAUCUUCGAGCGUCCUACACCCUGAUCACCACAGCACUCCAAAAACUUGUGUUCAUUCCACGAAAUACACGCGUUUCCCAACAUUCUCUCCAUCGAUUCAGACACGAAAUCCUCCACCCGACCGCCCAGUCCAUUCCUUGCAACCAUCCCCACGGACUUCAAAGAACCAACGACGUGCUUUAACACUCAUCCAGGACUAUCAAAACCUGAUACGCACAUAUUUCGUAGCCCGUUUGAAUAUACCCACCUCUCCACACCAUACACCAUCACAAUGGCUCAACAUCACCAUGUCCGCGUCUUCAUUUGCAUCUGGCUUGCAUGCCUUGCAGUCCUCAACCAGUCCGUCUUCGCUGCGGAUACUGUUAUUCAGGAUGGAGUUCCCAUGAAGUCUAUCCCUAUUCACCUGAUGCCCCGUUCGUACGCUGGUCGUAAACGAACACUUGGAAGAUUUCAGCCCAAGAACACCAUCGAGCUCCGGUUCAUCGAUGCAGAGAAAGGCUCAUACUAUGGCGCCUGCCAUCAUGUCGAUAUGGACGUCGAGCUUAAGUCAGACGAUGGCUCAAAAACAAUUCAAGCCCUGAACCCAUUCGCGUUCCAAAAUGCUGUCAAGUCGAUCUCUUGCUCCGCUGGUUCCUCUCAGCUGCAACUCGAACUGGAUCCUGAGUACGCCCAGCAGGCCCGUCGCUGGAAGUUGUCCCCCGCUACUGUCUUUGGCGUUAUUAUCCCUCAUGACUUUGUCGAUCUCAAGAAGAACAAGGCCUGUUAUGAUGACCUGAGUUCCACGGCAAAGAAGUGGGCUCAAGAUCAUCCCAUGGAGACGGUUGUCAAGUUGGUCAAGAACAUUCAGUUUUUGGACAGCAAGAACCCCAACAUUGUCAGCUUUAGGGUGGUCAGGACUGACGUCUGGUCGCAGAUGAAUCGCGCCCAGUCUGUUAAGAUCGCUCACAAACCAAUGGAUGAGAUGCUUGGUCUCUACUUCCACAAGCGGUCAACUGCAGUAGAGGAUGGACCGAUGUGGGACUAUGAGCACAACUUGGCCUCGGCUACCGAGAAUGUUGCUAGCCAGAUUCCUGCUGACAAUGUUGACGCCAACCUGGACAAUAGUAGCGUGAAGGGCUAUGCUCAGGCAAACAUGGCCUGGAAACAGAUUUGCAUCAAGAACAUCUUCAAUGGCCAGAUGAAAUGCGCCAACUGGGGUAUCUCGGAGUCCAAGAUUUCCGGCAUGACUCAGAUCAACCACCAGGCCCAGCUGAGCGUCAAGAGCAAGUUGUCCGUCUCCACUCUAAACAAUUCGAAGAACAACUCUCAGCCUCUGUUGACCCUUACAAACAUUAAUGUUACGACACCAGGAUUCGACCUCAUGGCUCCCAUUCCGUUGCUUGGCUUCAGUGUCCCUGGUGUCUUUGACAUGGGAGCCAGUAUUGGUCUUGGAGGGUCGGUCUCCCUCGCGGUCCUUGUGCGGGCCACCCAGGAUCUGUUGGUCAACACCGGAAGCACCACCAGCUGCCCAUGGGUCAUUCAAUGGAGUGGUAGCUUCGCCAACUUCCCCACCGUCCAGUUCGGCACCUGUACUAUGCCUGGUACACCCAAGGUUGCCGCUGCCCAGCAAGACGUUCUCAGUCGCAAGAGCUCAGAAACCGCCCUUUACUUUGGGGCUGAUCCAGCGUCGAGCCAUAACGAGAAGCGUGCUCUCACGACUGCUCCUGGAUCACGAGAGACCGCCACCGUUCGCGUCGGCGUUACUGUCUCGCCUUCGUUGGGCAUGGCCCUGAAGGUCUUUGGGUUUACAGCUCUCUCGGCCGGUAUCAGCUCGCCCAUCAGUUUGGGCGUCAACACCUACUGGGACACUGACAAGACUGAGACCUGCCCGGCCAACCAUGUCGCGCUCCAUGCUGAUGGCACUGCUUCGUUGCAGGUCAAUGCAGGGUUCUUUGGAUUCAACAAGGGUAUUCCUCUGGUGCAAGGUCCAACCUUGACUUCGCCAAAAGCCUGCAUCCCUCAUUAACCAAAAAAAAUAAAAAUAAAAAUUAUGUAAAUAAUGAUAAUGCUAUCAAAUAAAGACACGGCCAGUAGAUUAUAACGAUAC